AGCUGCUAACAUGUUCUUGCAGGAACACAAAGCAUGUAUAGAAGAAAAUUAGCUCCAUAUUCUAUUUAUUAAUUAUGAUAAACUAUUUUAGCAAUGUCAUGUAUCCUCACUGUAACAAGGAAUCUACCAGUAGUCGUUAAUCUACUGUAACGUUUAUUAUUAUUGGUAACCGCGGGAUGUUAUCAAACAUCAGCUCUUGUGUAAUAAAUGGGUUUUUGAGGAGGUCGUUGGGUAACACCAGGCACGUUACGCUUUUCUGUUCCUCCAAAUGUCACAAAAGGACGACUCUGAAAAUGACAUCUGGGACUAUAAACCUCUCGAGAAGAAAAAGAAGAGACAGAAAUCACCCUCCGCGGUUGCAGCUAUCACCAAAAGAAGAUGUGCUUCCAGAAAAACCUCCACGAGAGACACUGCUUUCUCAGUCAAGGCACCUGAAAAAGUCAAGACAGCUGAAAGUGGACAUUUUAGUACUGUUAUUAAUGUAGACGGACGUAGAAGCGUAGAGACAAAUACCCUACCCUCAAAGUUAUCUCCUACACAUGAGACAGUCCAAACAGACAAUGCUGCACAGGGACCAUCCUCUGGAGACUUUUGUCCAAUGUGUCAGAUGCCCUUUUCCAUCUUGGUGGUACAGACGCAAAGAUGGCACGUUGCUGAAUGCCUUGACAGCCCCAGGGACAAAUGCAGAGAGUGUCCAGAUGGUCUACAGUGCUCCUCCACCAUCCCAAACCACUACAGGAAAUUCAACCACACACUCCUGGCACACAGUCGAGCAAACAGUGACACAGCCCUCCUCAGUCUGUCCAAGCAGACCGAAAUCAGCGGGGAGACCAGUCUCAGUUGUCUCCCAGGACUGAUAAACAAUGAGGUGGAUGGUUUUGCUUUAGAGACUUCACAGGACAGCGCCGUUAGUCUUUCUGUCUUAUCCCCUUGCAAUAACAACACUGGAACACCUCCGUCUAAACUUACAAAUGGACUUCUGUGUCUGCGCUCGCCUGGCCCAGAGGAUUUUAAGAAGAAGAAAGGCUGGUCUUCCUCUUCUAAAGGCCACAAGUCUAUCAGCGCUUCCCAAGAAAGUAAAACAGAGCUUUCAUCCACUCCUGUAAAGGAAGACAGUGGAGGACAAACUUGUGAAGGUUUUCCCGAAAGUGAGCCUUCUCCUGAAAACAGUUAUGCCAUAUCCUACUCGCCUCUUUCUAAAUUCCCUGCAGAGACCGAAGUCAAUAAUAGUGAGUGUAGAAAAAUCCUUUUUAAUAGUGAUGCAUUUGAAAAUGGGGAUGAAGACUCGAUGGUACUGUUUAGUGACUGUUUCUCAAGUGAAGAUGAGCUCCUAACUCAAUUCUUAGAUAAUUUGGAAACCAAUAAUGUGCCCGUAAAGGACCCUUCUUCCUCAAACACCCAGCUGGAGUCGUUUACCUCAUUAGCACCCACUAAUCAGCUGGCUGCCGCUACUGUUGCUGGAAACAAAGCGGAUUCCACAGGGGAAAAAGAAACUCAUGGUAAAUCUUACAAUCCCACCAGUCCAUGUAAGACUAGCAUUCAUUCUCCACAGAGUAUUGUUUUAGAGCGCCUGAGAGAAACUAUUCUAAGCUCAGAUAGCCUGCAUUUAAAAAAUUUGAAUGACAGUGUUCAGUCAGAGCAGCCUCACACAAAUUCUCAUCAAGUACCCUCAUCUCAAACCUCCACUGUCCAAAGAUCUCCAGCCAUGCCGCCACAGAAGGGCCAGAGCAAGGCCAGUCAGGCCUCCUGUCUCAAGCAGACAGACAUUGGGGUGUUUUUUGGCCUCGAACCCCUCAAGAGGAAGGAGAAAAGGGCUGAGAGUGAACCACAUGAACUCAACACCACCUGUAUUCCAACACAUGGUGAGAACUCAGGACAGAGACGACAAAGGAGCGACAGGCCGAGGAAAAGUAAGGCUGACACAACCGCAGAUACCUCAGACGGGAAAGUGACUGUAGGUGGCAGUGAUGAAGUGAAUGCUCGGGGAGAAGCAAGGAGAGGCUGGAGAAGAAGAAGGUGGAAUAGAGCGAAUGCUGAUGGAGAAGUAGAAUUACCACGUUGUCCAUUCUACAAGAAGAUUCCAGGUUCAAAGUUUGCCAUAGAUGCCUUUCAAUACGGGGAGAUUGAGGGCAUCACUGCCUACUUCUUGACCCAUUUCCACUCAGACCACUACGGAGGGCUGACCAAGAACUCCACAUUCCCAAUCUACUGUAACAGAAUUACAGGGAACCUGGUGAAAAGCAAACUGAAGGUGGCAGAGCAGUAUGUCCACAUCCUCCCCAUGAACACCCAGGUGACUGUGGAGGGAGUCCGGGUCAUCCUCCUGGACGCUAACCAUUGUCCAGGAGCUGCCAUGCUGCUGUUCUUCUUGCCCGAUGGGCAGACAGUCCUCCACACGGGAGACUUCAGAGCUGAUCCCUCAAUGGAAACCUACACUGAGUUACUCAGCUGCAGGGUGCAGACGCUCUACCUGGACACCACCUACUGCAGCCCUGAGUACACCUUCCCCAUACAGCAGGAGACCAUCAGCUUUGCAGCCAGCACAGCCUUUGAACUGGUGACACUCAACCCACGUACACUUGUGGUAUGUGGAUCCUACUCUGUGGGGAAAGAGAAGGUAUUUUUGGCUCUGGCAGAGGUCCUGGGGUCUAAAGUGUCCCUCUCUAGAGACAAAUACAACACCAUGUGUUGCCUGGAGUCGGAGCAAGUCAGACAACGUAUAACCACAGACUGGAAAUCAGCCCAAGUACAUGUGCUGCCCAUGAUGCAGCUCUCCUUCAAAAAACUGCGGGAUCACCUGGCACGGUUUUCAGAACGGUACGAUCAGCUGGUGGCCUUUAAACCUACUGGCUGGACCUUCAGCCAGCAGGUGGAAUCAGUGGAAGACAUUCAGCCUGAGAUUAGUGGCAACAUCUCCAUCUAUGGAAUCCCAUACAGUGAACACAGCAGCUUUCUGGAGUUGAAACGUUUCGUCCAGUGGAUCCAACCUCUCAAAAUCAUUCCCACAGUCAACAAUGGCAGCUGGGCCAGCAGGAAGACUAUGGAGAAGUGCUUUAGUGAAUGGCUCAUGGAAAGUAAAGCUAAACUGUAGCUUAUUUUCCAGUAAACUGUUUGAAACUCUGCUGCUCGUUGGGAAUAAGAGAGAACCAAUUAAUUUUCAUUACUUCAAAUGACGUAUGAUCAUGGGGAACAAAUAUAUUUUAACACUAAUUUUUACUGCUCUUAUUGAAGUUGCUCGCCUCAGACUGCUGAGCUCAUAACAUUUCAAACACUGGUAAAAGAGACAAAGGUUUUGCUUUUAUUCACAAUGGGCUGAAUAAAAAUAACUGACAACUUUGGAAGUUGUUUUGUGUAAACAUGAUCUGUGGUCAUACGUGAAUCAUGAACAACAGUUAAACCUCUGUUGUCAAGAAGUGUUUUAUAUUGGAACUGAAUUAAUUGGGUGUGUGGCUGCUUCCAAAUUUACCACUGUUUGCAAUGCAAGUGCUGCUUAGAAACCGUAUAAUUCCAGUUUCCUAAUGUCUGUAUUUUUUUGUAUGUAAUGAAAAUUUUUAUGCUGAAAAAAUAAAUGUUUUAAACGUUCUCUUAACACCC